AUGGAUUUUCUGAAAGAUCUUGACGACCACCUACUCAUACUGUCUGUGGCAGCCACUUAUGUGUUGUCCGGAGGACGAUUCACUUUUGGGCUUGCGGCCCUUGUGAUAUACGGGUUGGUCAAAUAUGACGCUGCGAGAAAUGAGAAGCAGGCCGAAAUUCCCGAUUCAGAGAGAAUAGAAAACUCUGAGGAUGAAACGAAAAAGAAGACUUGUUGCGGUGGAAAGGGUGGUGGUUGUUGCUCUUCUAAAUCAGGAGGAAAGAAAGGAGGCUGUUGUGGUGGUAACUGCUCUUCCAAAAACAAGACUAGUGAAAAAAUCGAGGACAACAUCAAAGAUACACCCCAGAACGAUACACAAGUAGAAGAGCUAGCAAUCGAUUUCACCGAAGCCUUCAAACCAGCGAAAAAAAGCAAAAAAGUGCGCAAAAUUGUCAAAGCAUCAAAACCAGGUAGCAAAUCCCAGUCUGAGUUUUUCAAGAAGGCCCUUACGGUGUCAAAUGAGACACUGAUAAGCUCGCAAGUUUACGUUUUCUAUUCUUCGCUUCAAGGUGCCGCCGAAAGAUCAGCUAAGAUCGUGACUAGUGUCCUGUCGGAUAUCAAGGGCUUGAAGCAUGUGCCAAAGCUAAUGAACCUAGACGAACUUAGCGAUUUUGAUGACUAUUUUGUCAAUGUUCCAUGUAGUAACGCAUUGUACGUCAUGGUACUUCCUUCUUAUGAGACAGAUUCACCUCUGGACUUUUUCCUUCAGUCCAUGGAAGAAAAUGUUAAUGAUUUCCGAAUUGACAGAUUAUCUCUGAGAAAAUUGGUGGGCUAUUGCGUCCUGGGUAUCGGUGACUCCGAAUCUUGGCCCGAGAAGUUCUGCUAUCAGGCGCGGCAGGCUGAUCUUCUACUUGCCAAGCAGGGUGGUAGAAGAGUUUUCCCAGUGGGAGAAGUCUGUAUGAAGUUUGGUGGUGAUCCUAGUGUUAUGGAAUGGGCAAAACUUCUGGCAAAUACGCUGCAGGAUGAUGAACCUAUUCUUUACGAAUAUGAUGAAAGCUUGGAGACGGAGAAUGCCGAGGAGCCCAACGACGAACUCACUAAAGAAUCCUUAAUAGACCUAGAGGAUGUCGGGGCUUCAUCCGAGUUACAAGACGUCAAUGAAAUCAAGCAAAUGGUCGCCAAAAAUAGUCCCACUUUUAAAAACUUGACGAAGCAAGGGUACACUGUGGUAGGCUCUCACUCCGGUGUCAAGAUAUGCCGGUGGACUAAAAAUGAUUUGCGUGGUAGAGGAUCAUGCUACAAACACUCACUUUUUAAUAUCGUGUCAAGUAGGUGCAUGGAGCUCACUCCAUCUCUUGCAUGUUCCUCCAAAUGCGUUUUCUGUUGGCGCCAUGGUACAAAUCCAGUCUCCAAGAAUUGGCGCUGGGAAGUCGACGAUCCAGAGUAUAUUCUAGAGGACGCUCUCAAGGGACAUUACUCUAAAAUCAAACAAAUGAGAGGUGUUCCGGGAGUAAUAGCGGAAAGAUUCGCAAAAGCAUUUGAAGUGCGCCAUUGUGCGCUUUCUUUGGUGGGAGAACCUAUCAUGUACCCGUUUAUCAGCAAAUUUGUCAAACUACUACAUCAAAAAAGAAUUUCGAGUUUCCUGGUUUGCAACGCUCAACAUCCACAACCUUUGAGAGAUUUGGGAAAGGUCACACAGCUGUAUGUAUCCAUCGAUGCUCCAUCGAAGAGUGAGCUCAAGAAGAUUGACAGACCAUUGUAUCGGGACUUUUGGGAAAGGAUGCUGGAAUGUCUUGAAAUCUUGAAAACUUCUCAAUCGCAUCAGCGCACUGUCUUCAGAAUGACGUUGGUGAAAGGUUUCAAUAUGAAUGAGAUCAGUGCAUAUGCUGACCUUGUCGAGAGAGGUUUGCCAAGCUUUAUUGAAGUCAAAGGUGCUACAUUUUGUGGAUCAUCUGACGGCAAUGGCAAUCCACUGACAAUGCAGAAUAUACCAUUUUAUGAGGAGUGUGUGAAUUUUGUCAAGGCACUUUCAGCUGAGCUUCAGAAAAGAGGCUUGGGAUAUGAUGUCGCAGCUGAGCAUGCUCAUUCAAACUGUAUUCUGAUCGCUGACACCAAAUUCAAAAUUGAUGGUGAAUGGUGGACUCAUAUUGAUUUCGAAAAGUUCUUCGAGCUUUUGGAAUCUGGAAAGCCGUUCAAUCAUCUGGAAUACAUCGCGAAAACCCCAGAAUGGGCACUCUUUGGUAAUGGAGGUUUCGCACCGGGAAAUACAAGAUUUUACAAAAAGAAAAAGGCCGCAGAGACAAAUAUCGAUGCUUUGCAAGAAGACGUCAAGGUAACGCAUCCAAUCGUAGCUUAG